CCGGCGAGCCAACGUUACCGAUGUGCAACAUUUGAAAUAUUCACGCAUUUCUCUGUUUAGUUAGUAGUCGCAUCAAUUCAGAGCAGAGCCCGGAGCUUUUACAUCCGGGUUUGUUUCGCAGUUAAAGACUCAGAUGGCCGGCAGCGCUUUCUCAAUCAUAGCCUAAUGCUAAUGCUAAAUGCUAACACAAAUGGUUCUCAUUUGCGGACUUGAAUUGUUCCCAUAAACCUGUGAUUUCAGAUUCCUUUAUUUUAACUGGCCUCAGCCACCUCGGAGUGGAUUCAGUUUUUUAAAGAUGCCGGGAUCCCAGCUGGCCUUGCAGUCACUUAUGCAGUCUCCUUUGUGGACAACAGAAUUCACAAGAACAUGCUCAUGGACCUCAGUAAAGACAUCAUGAUGGACCUCGGCAUAACAGUCAUUGGUGACAUCAUUGCCAUUCUUAAACAUGCCAAGCAGGUCUACAGGCAGGACAUGUGCAAAAUGGCCACAGAAGCCAUCUCCUCAGGACAGACCAGUGUUAAAGCUGAGCUCAGAAGAACUGCCAAUACUCCUGCCACCCGUAUGAUUGCCAACGCUUUGAGCAAUGACUCCCCGCCGGCCACUCCAGCCCGUCGGCCUGACAACCGCCUCUCGGUCACCGUGUCCAACAUGCAAGCAAACAAGAGCGGCAAAGCAGUGCUAAGUCAGCCAGCUGACGAGGGGAACGGUUUGCCAGCAGUGAAGCGCCGACGCGUGACAGCUGAGAUGGAAGGCAAGUACAUCAUCAACAUGCCCAAAGGCUCCACAGCUCGUACACGUCGCAUCCUGGCCCAGCAGGUCAAGAAAGGUUCGAAACGCACCUCUGUGUUUGCAAGACUUGGAGCUGAAUCGAAGGCGGACACAACAACAAGCAAUAACAAGCCCACCGGUGUGUUCAGUCGUCUUGGCAGAGGGGAAGAAGAGACAGACAAGCCGCAGCCGGUCAAAAUGUCUGGUAACAUUGAUGUAGAUGACGAGGACGACAGUGAUGGAGAAGGCUCCGUCCUCCAGUAUGCUGGCGUCCUCAAGAGAACCCCUGCCGUUCAGAAGAAGGAGCCAGCCACAAAACCGGCCCCGACCACCCUGCGGCGCCUGGGAGGCAAAUUCAAACUACCUCCCUCUGACACUCCCACCUCCUCCUCCCCUAAUGGCCUCCCCCCUGCCAAGGUUAGUGUGCUUCAGAGACUUGGCAAGCUCCCUGCCACACACCUGAGCGCGGCUGCGUCACCCACAGCUGCUGACACACAGGACAACAGGGUGACCAGCACCAGGCCCAAAGCCCAGGAGGGACUCACCUUAGCAAGCCCCAAGGUCAGCAGCAGCACCGGGGCUGGAGGAGGAGAUGGAGGGGGAGGAGGAGAGUCUCUGGUUGCCCAGAUGGACAUUAGGGCUAUCAGUGUUUUUAAGAGGCUGGGCAACAAGAGAACCUAACGCAUAAAUC